CAAAAGUUAUAAAAAAAUAAAAUAAAAUUCAAGAAUUAAAAUCAAAAUAUUUGUAAACCCACCAAUCCUCUCAACUUACGCGCCUAUUUUUACAACAACAGCAAACAACACAUACAACACGUGUAAAUAUCUUUAAGCAUUUCAUGCCGCUAAUAGCGCUCUUCAAGCAAAUAAGCACAAAAUGUUUAAGUCGCUGCAACAACUACUUUUACAACAACAACAUGAGUUUCAAUUACUGAAAUCUCAUAGAACGCAACGUCAGGGACAAAAUCAUGCAACAACAAAUAGAACAACAACAACGAUCAAAAAAACAACACUACCAGCAGCAACCGCAACUUGCAUAUCUAGAAAACAUACAAAAAGAUCAACAUAUUCAUUAACUGCUAACAGGGUGUGGAGUGGUGUAAUACAACUCCAUGUUGCCGCGUUAUUUGUUGUUGCAUUGCUUGGCUGCUGCGUCGAUAAUGCUUUUGGGCGAGCACCACCAGAGCCAUACUACGGUCGUUACAUCGGACAAUUUACAAAUUUUGCACAUGGCAUCAAAGGCUCCAUUUAUGCAGUCGACGAAUCGACAUUAUUCAUAAAAUCUUUUGCAUAUGAUGGAACGGGGCCGGAUGCAUUCUUCUGGGUUGGAAAAACAGCGCGCCCAAGUCCAGAGGGAUAUAUUAUACCAUAUCCGGAGGAAUAUACUGGCAUAGAUCCACCAAUAUUACAAGCUCACAACAAUACGGACAUCAUACUGCGUCUACCCAUGGGCAAAAGGAUUAAGGAUAUACGAUGGCUUUCAGUGUGGUGCAGACGAUUUACGGUUGAUUUUGGUGAAGUGUUUAUCCCACCGGGUCUAGAUGUACCUAAGCCACGUGUACUUCCUGAGUUUAAACGUCUUGCGCACGGUUUACGUUCAAGCAAUAUUAGUGUUUUAGAUGCCAAAACAUUUUACAUUCCCAAUUUGCACUACGAUGGCGCUGGUCCAGAUGCAUACUUCUGGGUCGGCAAUGGAUCAGAACCCAACUUGAUGGGAGUAAAGGUACCGAAUGAGAUUGGUUCACUGGAACCGUUGCGUGGAUAUCAAGGCGAAGAUAUUGAAAUCCAACUGCCAGACAAACUGACUGUUUACGAUAUAGAUUGGCUGGCGGUCUGGUGUGUGGAAUACAGGCAUAAUUUUGGACAUGUUUUCAUACCAAAAGACUUAGAUGUACCACCAGCCUUGGGCCAAACUAAAAUUACUCCUCCAUGGUGGUACACACCUACUACAACAACUACACCACGCCCAGUUUAUGCCAAUUGUCGCGAACUGUUGCCUAAUAGACUACAAGUCAAGUGGGAGUUGCAAGGCGAAUAUUUACAAAUUGAACUAUUUGGACGUAUUAAUGAGGAUCAGUACAUGGCCUUUGGUCUGUCAGGUGCUAAUGGACGUGCACAAAUGUCACAGGCGGACAUUGUUGUUGCAUUUUAUGACACCACUGCAAGAGUAUUCCGUGCUGAAGACUAUUUCAUUUCUGAUUUAUCACAAUGCGACGGUCAACAUGGUACUUGUCCAGAUGAACGCAUCGGUGGACGUAAUGAUGUUGUAGUGUUGAGUGGUGAUCGUAAAAAUGGCGUAACAAGUAUACGCUACAAACGUCUAUUACAAACUAAUGAACCUAUUUAUGAUUUGGCAAUACCAACGGAUCGUGAAGUUUCCGUUAUAGCCGCUAUUGGUCCGCUGAAUAGCCGCAAGGAAGCUAAUGCACACGCACAUACCGCUAGCGAUCAUAACGUCGAUGAUAUACGCAUCAAUUUUUCAGCACGUAAUGAUCACUCCUGCAAAAAUUCACUAUAUAGCGUAAAAGAUGAAACUGGUCCGGCACCUUGGCCCACACGCACCAUUACGAAUGAAUAUAUGUUUACAGCUAGAAUUGGUCCUACCGGUGGGAAACGGGGUUAUACACCAAUUACUGGUGUACCAUCUUGGGGCAUUGCUUGGUACUUGAAUGAUCUCUUAAUACCAGAAAUUACGGUGCAACGUGGUAAAACUUAUGAAUUUUAUGUGGAAGGUGGUAAUAAUCCCUCACAACCAGCCAGAUAUCAUCCUUUUUAUAUAACGGACUCACCUGAAGGUGGUCUUGGCCAAAAGACUGGUUUGGAAUUGAAUAAACAAAAGACUUAUGCAGGUGUUGAAUAUGAUGAAGAUGGUAAUGCUAUACCAACGGCAGCCGGUCGUUAUUGUGAAUGGGAACAUCGCACUGUCGAUCGUUCGGCCGAAAUUGAUACCUUUGAGGAAUAUAUGAAAACUUUGGAACUAGACUGUGAAGAUGGUGAACCUGGCUAUUUAAAUUGGACCGUACCAAUGGAUGCACCUAAUUUGCUUUAUUAUCAGUGUUUCACCCAUAAUAACUUAGGGUGGAAAAUAAAUGUCAUCGACAGUAAAGACUCCGCUGCUGGUCUUAAACUAACGGCAACCCAAAUACUUAUAUGCUUUGUAUCUACUGUGUUUAGCCUGGUUGCGACACAAAAUAUUAUUGGUUAUAGAUUAUUUGCCUGAUAGUCAAUUAAUAUAAUACUAAAUUAAAUUGGCAAAUUUUGUGAUUUUUAUUAGAUUUGUUUAG